AUUUUCCUCGAUUAAAGAAACCUCUCACUAGCUCUCGCUUUCAGAGUUUAUUCUCGAAGAACAUCACUUGGAAACCUCACAAUUCCAAAAUCUUUUUCCUAGAUUUUCUUUGUUUCUCGUCUUUUUCUUCUUCUUCUAGCUUAAUUCACACGCAUUCAUCUGCUGCUAUUUCAUGCUUUAUCCUAAGUCACUCCAUGUAAAGCAUAAAGUUUGACCAGACCAGAGAAGCAUAACAGGAUGAGAGACACUGAGUAAUCUCAUAUCAAGGGAUUUGACUGAUUAUACUUUGGGUGCCAUUUUUCCUGUAUAAUAUCAAAAACUAUGCCUUCAUGGUGGGGUAAGUCAUCAUCAAAAACUCCAAAGAAGAAGACAACCAAGGAGCGUAUUAUUGAGACAAUUCGAAAGUUUAGAAUCCCUUCUGAUAAAAAAACAACCAACAGAUCAGGGAGAGGUUGUAGUGACACAGUUUCAGAGCUCGGGUCUCUAUCCAGGUCAGUUUCACCUUCCAAAGAAUCCAAACUUGUGGCUAGAUGUCAAAGUUUCCAAGAAAGACCACAGGCUCAACCACUCCCGCUUCCAGUUUCUCACCCGUCCCGUGUGGCUCGAACUGAGUCGAGCAUCAGUGUAUCUGGAAAAACGAGACAAGAAAAGGGGUCCAAACCUUCACCGUUUCUUCCACUCCAUCAUACCGGAUACACACGGGCUAGGCCAGAUGCCGCAGAUUUGGAUGGAGCGGAAUCGGUUUUUAGUGAAUGUUAUAGCGAUAGUGAUGAUCCACCUGACUCUAGUCAGCUUAGCCCGUUGGCAUCUGAUUAUGAUACUGGGAGUCGAACAACAGCUGGCAGCCCUUCCAAUAUGAUUGUUAAGGAUCAGUUGCCUGCCAGAAAAAUCCACUCGAGAGAUGUAGUAAAACCACCAGACCAUCUUUUUGAUAAUCAUAUAUCUUCUUCACCUUCUAGAAUGAAACCGUUCUUCAGUGCUCCAGACAGCUCGAUAUCAAGCCCUUCUAGAAGCCCGUUACGAACAUUUGGAACCGAGCAAGUCAUAAACACUGCUUUCUACUCCACUAAACCUUUGCUUGGGUCGGGCCACUGCUCAAGCCCUGGGUCAGGUCAGAACUCUAUGGGCGGUGACAUGGCGGGGCUCUUUUGGCAACCCAGCAGGGGUAGCCCUAGCCCUGAAUAUUCUCCACUUCCUAGUCCCAAGAUGACGAGUCCAGGCCCUAGCUCUAGAAUCCAUAGUGGUGCAGUCACACCGCUUCAUCCAAGAGCUAUUGACUCACGGCCGGAAGAUGUAAAACAAAGAAGUCACCGGUUACCGCUUCCUCCGGUCACGAUUUCUAAUUCUUUACCUUUCUCUCAGUCUAAUUCAGCAGCUACAUCACCUUCUGUACCACGAAGUCCAGGACGACCCGAUAAUAGAUGGAAGAAGGGGAGUCUGUUGGGUAAAGGCUCGUUUGGGCAUGUUUAUGUCGGUUUCAACAGCGAAAGCGGGGAAAUGUGUGCUAUGAAGGAAGUAACAUUGUUUUCUGAUGAUGCAAAGUCAAAGGAAAGUGCAAAGCAGUUGAGCCAAGAAGUUUAUUUAUUGAGCCGGUUAAACCAUCCAAAUAUCGUGCGCUAUUAUGGGUCUGAAAUGGUGGAUGACAAACUUUAUAUAUAUCUGGAAUACGUAUCGGGCGGUUCCAUUUAUAAACUUCUUCAAAAUUUUGGACAAUUUGGUGAGCUGGCAAUCCGAAGUUACACCCAACAAAUCUUGUCAGGGCUAUCAUAUCUACAUGCUAAGAAUACCGUUCAUAGGGAUAUUAAAGGAGCAAAUAUCCUUGUUGACCCAAAUGGCCGAGUCAAGUUGGCAGACUUUGGAAUGGCAAAGCAUAUCACAGGGAACACAUGUCCAUUGUCAUUUAAAGGAAGUCCUUACUGGAUGGCACCUGAGAUCAUCAAGAAUAGCAAUGGUUCCAACCUUGCCGUCGACAUAUGGAGUCUUGGGUGUACUGUUAUAGAAAUGGCAACGACAAAGCCACCUUGGAACCAACAUGAAGGGGUUGCUGCCUUGUUCAAGAUCGGAAACAGUAAAGAACUCCCGGUUAUACCUGAUCAUCUCUCAGAUGAAGGGAAGGAUUUUGUAAGACAAUGUCUACAGAGAAAUCCGCUGUGUCGUCCUACGGCUAAUCAGUUGUUGGAUCACCCUUUUGUGAAAAAUGCGGCUCCUGUGCCAGAUUCUGACCCAUCUGAUCCACCUGCCUUUUCAAAUGGGGGAAUUGGACAUCCAAGAAACCAGCAAGCAUUGAAUUCAAAUAGGCUUGCUGCCACUAAUUCAUUUAGAGUGUCAAGACCCGGUUUUAUUUUCAGCGAUGUUCAAAUUCCAAGGAAUGUAUCGUGCCCCGUGUCACCGAUCGGAAGCCCGCUUUUACAUUCAAGGAUGUCCCCAUCACCCAUAUCUAGCCCACGAUCCGCUUCAGGCACUUCAACUCCGCCAACCAAUAUCCCAUUUCAUCACGUUAACCAGUCGGUAUACCUGCACGAGAUCUCAAAGUCCACAAACAUAUCCUAUCAUGAUCCCGUCCCUGAUAUGUUUCGAGCCAAGAGGCAAUUUGGUGGAGACGCGGUGUUGGCUGAUUCUGUUUCGCAUUUGCUUCUUAGGGACAAAGUGAACUUCAAACCAUCUUUGGAUCUGAAUCCUUUAUAAGGUGUGCUCAUUCAUUUUAACUGGAAAUGGGGCUAUAAGGAUGUCGAAUCCUUGAUCUAUGAUCUCAUUCGGAGAAGGCUGCUGAGCUUGCUAACAAAACCUGCAUUUUAAACAUAGCGGUAACAUAAGCAAGAUUUGUAAGGUAAUAUAAGUUCAUAUUAUUAUUUUUCCUUUUGUGGCAAAUAUUCAAGAAACAUUACCUUGUGCAAAGCUGGGAGGAGUAAAAACGUGACGGAACAAGUUUGUUGAGAUUACCCCGGGAUGAAGAGAAUUUGCAGUUAUUUCUGCUCCUUCCUCCUGUUCGUUCAAGUAACAAAUAAACCUCACUUCAAGCAUAGUUUUGUUUCUAAUUGUAGUAUUUUACUCGAUACGAUUAUUGUAAUAUGUUUAUAGUUUUGAAGUUGAUAACCGUCCCGUUUGACUUUAAAAGCCAAAACAGGUUUGAUUUAUAGAAAUUCAUGAACAUGGAACUUAUACCUUUA